UCCAAUGAAAAGUAGCCGCUCGCACUUGGGGGUGGGAAGGGAAAGGGGGGGCGCGACUCCCCCCCUCCUAGUGUCUGUUGGAAGCGAAUUGAGCAAUUAUCUAGUUUACCUUCUCCUCUUGGAAGUUAACGAUUGGCGGGAUCGUGGCUGCUGCUAUUGAACCAACACUUUCCACUGAGAGAGAAAGAGAGAAAGAGAGACAACGAGGAGGAAGAGAAGAAGAGGAAGAAGAGGAAGAAGAGGAAGAGCGCGACCCUUCCCCGCCACAGGAGCGCACAGGCGGCAAUGGGCCCGGACGAGUCCAUCAGGCUGGGCAGGCUGGUUCCGCUGGCGGCCGUCGAAGGGGGGAUGAUGCUGGUGGUGGUGGCAGCGGCGGCGAUGAAGAAGAUGCAGAAGAUGAAGCUCAUGAGGGGGGUGGCAGCGGCAGGGACGGCCUCGGCGGGCUUGAUGUCGGGUCUGGAGUACAAGGCGGUGGCGGCGGCGUCCUGCUCCCUGCCCGGCGCUCUGUGACCGGGCGCAGCAGGGGCAAAGCUAGCCGGAGAGGCGCCACUUCCAGAGAGCGGCCAGCCAUGGACAGCAGCGGGCACCCGACGGCUGCCAAGAGCCUGAGCGCUCCUCCUCGGGGCAGCAUGCUGAGCGCCUCCAAGCCGCUGGCCUUCUCCAUCGAGCGGAUCAUGGCCCGGACGGCCCCGGAGCCCAAAGCCCUGCCGCUGCUGCCCCAUUUCUUACACGGAGCGGGGGCCAAAGCCGGGGAGCAGGCCAAGCAGCAGCAGCAGGCGCUCAGCCUGGGCGCCUCCAUCCCCUGCAUGAUCCCCUUCGUGCCGCUGGCCUACGAGCCCUUAGCCAAGCCGGGAUCGGAGCCCAGGAAGCUGGACCCGCCUUCCUCCUCCUCCUCCUCCUCCUCCUCCUCCUCCUCCUCGUCCUCCCUGAGCUGCGCGCUGAGCCUCAAGCCCCAGGCCGACCUGCAGCAGCACUACAAGCUGGUCCGGCCCCGCGUGGUCAACCACUCCUCCUUCCAGGCCCUAAGCGCCCUGGGCUACUUCAGCCGGGCCGCCGAGCCUCCGCCGCCGCCGCCGCCGUCGGGCCUCAGCCUCCACCCGGUGGCCUCCUACUUCCUGGGAUCGCCGCUGCCGGCGCCCGCCCUGCCAGCCCCGACGGCGCCCAAGGCCUACUUGGCCGAGAGGAACAAGCUGCAGCCGCUGCCGCACGGCCCGGACAAGUACACGCCGCCGCCGCCGCCGCCUCUGCAGCUGCCGCCGCCGGCCUUCAAGGACUUGGCGCACGCCCAGCUCCACAGCGCUGCCGCCGCCGCCGCUGCAGCCGCCGCCGCCGCCGCCGCGCACCUCCUGGCCGCCGAGAAGCUGCCCUUCAAGGGCGUCGCGGCGGCCGAUUUCAGCCGCGGCUCGCCAGGCGCCAAGCCCAAAGUCUUCACCUGCGAGGUCUGCGGCAAGGUCUUCAACGCGCACUACAACUUAACGCGCCACAUGCCGGUUCACACCGGAGCCCGGCCCUUUGUCUGCAAGGUCUGCGGCAAGGGCUUCCGCCAGGCCAGCACCCUCUGCCGACACAAGAUCAUCCACACCCAGGAAAAGCCCCACAAGUGCAGCCAGUGCGGGAAAGCCUUUAACCGGAGCUCCACGUUAAACACGCACACGCGGAUACACGCCGGCUACAAACCUUUUGUGUGUGAAUUUUGCGGCAAAGGGUUUCAUCAAAAAGGGAACUACAAGAACCACAAGCUGACGCACAGCGGCGAGAAGCAGUUCAAGUGCAAUAUCUGCAACAAGGCUUUCCACCAGGUGUACAACCUGACCUUCCACAUGCACACCCACAACGACAAGAAGCCCUUCACCUGCCCCACCUGCGGCAAAGGCUUCUGCAGGAACUUUGACCUCAAGAAGCACGUCCGCAAGCUGCACGACAGCACCGGCGGCGGCGGCGGCAGCUCCUCGCUGGGUCUGUCUCGGGCUCCUGGCGAGCCAGAGCCAGAGCCGCCGCCGGCCCCCGCGCUGCUUCACCACCCUUGAGGCCCCCCGAGGUCUGCCCUUCUUCUGCAUGCGCUGCCUCAGCGGGUUGGUGUUUCCUGCGCCCGCUCUCCAGAGAAGCCACACUUUCGCCUCUGGGACUGCUGGAGAGCGGCUCCUCCAACGUGACAAUAGGGGGAGCGGGGAGAGGAAAGACUUGACCCCCCGCUCCAGUCUUUCAGGAUGGAGAGAUGGCUUUGAGGACAAGGACACGUGGUGAAAACUUACUCCGGGUGUAUUUAUUGACCUGGGUCGAGACCCAGCUGGGAAGCCUGCCUAGCGUUGCCAGAUCGUCACUUUCGGAACAAGAGAGGGGAGGGAGGGAUCCUCUCCGCCACGACCCCCCCCUUCUUGUUUUUUAAGCCCCAUCCCUUUUAAAGGACUGCUUCCGAUGCCCGGAGGUCGCUGUGGUCUUGCAAAGGGCUGUCAAAGGCCUCAAAGGGCUGUCACCUCUUUCAGAACACCGCAGCCUUAUGUCCGGGCAGGAUUCUUGCUCCAAGCAAUUUGCCUUGCCCUUAUCCCAAAAGGACAUCCCUUAGCCCAGAAGUCUACUAAGUCGUGAGGUCUACUCUUUGCAUAGAGAAGGUCAGAUUGCUCCUUCUUGUCCAUGAUAUCUCUCCUUGGUGGCAUCUGAAAUCCAAAAGAUGGCCAUUGGCCCAUUGUAGGGAUCUCUCUUCAGAAAGGAUGCUCCUUUGUUAAAAGGCCUUUCGGUGGAAUCGAAGCCUUGGGGAAAGUUGCAUGCCGUGUUUGAGAAGCUGUGAGCGCCCCUGCGAUACUGACAGUGCAUUUAAGCGCAUUGUAACCAAGUGUGAGAAAUGCUCUGAGAACAUUUUCUUGACUUUCUCCUUGAGAGGAAGCCCCCAGAUUCUCUGAAUUUUCGUUCCUCUUUAAUUUGGAGGAAACCUGUCAUUCGCUUGCACAUUUCACUCGGUAGAAAUUGUGGUUCCAACAGUUGUUAAGCCGGGACAGAAUGCAGAACAUCGAUCCGAUGCUUUGACGUUCCCACUAGAGACCGAUUUAAGUCUCGCAGUCCAGAAGAUGAGGCUGCCGUAGGUCCCAAUGUAAACCCUGCUCUCUGAAAAGAGUCUUCUUUUUGUAAACGGCAUGUAAAGGGCAUGGCCCUUCACCAAACUGCAGCCCCCACGUACACUUCAGGGCUCUCUUUUAUUUGAAGCGGUGCCCUAGGCUGGCCCUUACUCCCUUCGGAGCCCGACUGACCUUUGCUGGAAGGACUCCUGUCUUUAAAAGGCAGGCCCUUAUCUGCCGGAUUCCUGGGUAGUGACCACCUUAGAAGAGCGGAGUGACCUUCUGAAACUUUCUCUUUCAGAAAUACUCUACCCUUACAGAAAACAAAAAGGAUGUCCCAGAAAUUAUUCCAGAAGACCACUUUCCUUGAGCAAGUCAGGGGAUGUCCCUUAUUAUAAGGGAGAAUAUCCUCUUUCAAAGGAUGGUCCUGAGUCGGUACAGCACCUGCAGGGAUGCAGAUUCCCCCCUCCAAGCAUUUGAAGAGCUCCCCCUUCAUUUUCUGGAACUCACCCUGUUGAGCCUAAUAACCCAUAUCGUCAAUCCCCCAAACACGUUUCUCCCUGCACCAAAAGUGUCUUUCUUCUCCCCCUCAAACCAUUUAAGUGAAGAGUUGCUCCUCAAGUUUGCCCUCUGUCUGUACCCCUGGACACCUGCUUUGCAUGCAGAAGGUCCCAGAUUUAGUCCUUGGCAUCUCCAGGCGGGGUGGGGGCAAGGAAAGACCCCUGGUUAAAGCCCCAGAGAAUUGCUGCCUGCCUGCCCGCCCGCCCGCCCGUGAAAAUAACAGUCAGCUAGAUGGACCAAUGCUCUGACUCAGUAUGAGGCAGCUUGACCGGUCAUUUUGGGACACUUCAGCUCACCACCCACGCCCCUAGUUCUGGUGAUGCGGUGCCCUUUCAUCUGAAGGGCUCCUUGGUUGCAGAGUAUCACCCCUCCCAGCAUCCUUAUAUGUGUCUGGGGGUGGGUGGGCUCUCCUCCUUGAAGAGAUGUUCCCCCGCAAUGGGCAAUCCCUCUUCCCCCGACACUCCACGUUUUCGCGUUGGAUCUGGCAACCCUGGCAUCCUUCUCUUUGACUUGCUCGUUGUAUAUAGAUUUUUCAAGUGUGUUGAUUGACUUUGCCUGCUGGUGAGUUUGGUUUGUCUCCACCCCACCCACCCCGUUCUUGAUUUCUCCUUUCCCGGUUGGUCCCCCCACCCCCCUCUCAACCGCCCUCCACACACACACACCCCACCAGCAUCCUCUCCCCACUCCCUGACCAUCGCACCUCUUGUGGACAGGGGGCUGGAUUCAGUUUUGUAUGGGACCUGAACUUUCCGGUUGUAUUUUUCUUUUUUUAAAUUAUUAUUAUUAUUAUUAUUGCACGUGCAAAAAAAAAGGGAAAAAAAGAGGAUGAUUUGGUGGAUCUGGUGGCAAAUAAACGGGUGGA